CAUAUCUUCACUCUGAGGAAAAAAAUAACUGCUUCACUGCAGCAGAACACAGUUUGUCUUUCACCCGACUGACACAAGGAGAGAUGAUGUCCUAUAUGACUGAGAGCAGGCUGGGUGGAGGUCGAGGGUCCUGGAGCUCAGUGGCUCCCUCUAGCUGCCCGGAGGUUGACCUGGAGGUCAUCGAGGAGUACCUGCAGGAGCACUCGCUGGAGGUCGCACUGGCGCACGCACCCCAGGGCGCCGUGGGUCAACACGCGCACACACUGUUCCACCCAGCGGGCGGCAGGAUUAUAGAGAACAGCUGGUCAGGUCAUGGUUAUGAGUGGCACUUUGGAUCUCACCCUACACACAAGGAAUAUGAAGAGCAAGCUCCGCCCAUAGCCUGUCCCAGUUGCCAUGACAACCAGUGGGACCAUGUUGCAUUUUCCUAUGAAACGACUGCGUACAUCGACUCGGACUCUCAGUCCAGUUGCUCCCAGUAUCAGGAAUAUCAGGAUUCUGCGUCUCCGUCGUCUGAGAGUGGAGGACGGAAGGACGGAGACAGUCUGAUUCUGUCUCCGUUAUCAGGAAAGAGGAAGGAGCGCUUGUUCCAGUUCCUGUUUGAAAUGCUGCAGACGCCGUCCAUGCGGAGCUGCAUCUGGUGGGUCCAGUCCUCCUCCGGCACCUUCCAGUUCUCCUCGCAGAACAAGGAGCGCCUGGCGCAGCUGUGGGGGCGUCGCAAGGGCAACCGCAAGACCAUGACCUACCAGAAGAUGGCGCGGGCGCUCAGGAACUACUCCCGCACCGGUGAGAUUCAGAAGGUGAAGAGGAAGCUGACGUACCAGUUUGAUGAGAAGACGUUGCGAGGCCUGCAAGGAGACAAUUCCAACAGAGUGUAGAGAAGUGGACACGCCUUUAAAGGGGUAGUUCAGGAUUUUUGAAGCGUGGUUGUACGGAAUAUUCCUCAUUCUCAAGGGUCAAAAACACAAUGUUUGAACUCAGGUUAAACUUCCGUUCAGUCUUGCAUAUUUUCAGGUUCGUCUACGUGCAAAAAAAUCCUGCACAUACUUGACAGUAGUACUGCAAGUAACGCUUAUUUUUGGAUUAUUUUCUCCAUUCAUCGAGCACUUGUUUGGUCCAAAA